AAAACCCUUUCCCAACCCUCUUAUACCCAUCGCCCUCCUUCUGUGGGUGCGAGCAGAGUUCCAGCUCUCGUCUAUCUCCCUCUCUCCCUCUAUCGCUCUCCAAAUCCAUCACCGAAAGGAUUUCCCUAUUCGAUUCGAACGUCUUCUAUCACCCGUUCGUGUAGAUUAUUUUUCCAGGUAAUUCCUAUAACUUAUUGUGUUCUUCCCCAAUUUUUCUUGCCUCUUCGCCUAAGUUUGAUCCGUCGAUAUCUCAAUCUCCAAUUUUUUUAGUAGAAAUCACGAUAUUUCGGGGAAGAUCGUGAUUUUCCAAAUAUCCUCCUAUUUUUCAGAGAAAUCAGCUCCAGGUUGUGAUUUUGUUUUGCUAAUUAUCCCAAAGUUUGGGUUCUGGGUUCGAUUAUUAUUUUAUUAUUUUAUUAAAUUUUUUGGGUGUGUUGUAUUGAGAAUCGAUGGGGAAAAAGAUGAAAACUAAGGCCAGAAACCCUCGUAAGGUCCACCCCCGAGCAUCGGCCGGAUCCACUCAGCCUGUUUCCGAGCCGAGUGAUCGGACGGUUGACGUUGGAGGUGAGGAAGUGAAGGGUAGGGAACAGUGUAAUCACUGCAGCAAGGAUAGUGCCGAGCUGAAUCGAGUUCUGUUGGGAAUUUUGUCUUCAAAGAAUGCCACGGCUUGUGAGCACUGUAGGGAAGAACCUGUUUAUAAGAAGAGAGGGGGAAAGGAGAAGGGAAAGCAGCAUAAGAAGAAGGGAGGAGCAAAGAAUUCUGAGGUGAAAUCGGAGUCGCAUAUCAUUUGGGUCUGUUUGGAUUGCGGCCGUUAUUUCUGUGGUGGAGAGAUGAAUGAUUCGGUGCCGUAUGGCCAUGCCCGCCGGCAUGCGAAGCAGGAGCGCCAUUCUUGGGCUGUGAGAUUUGAUGACCCGACUAUAAGCUGGUGUUUCUCGUGCAAUUCGGGGUUCCCAAUUGAGAUGCCAGAGGUCGUGGCAGAUAGCGAGGAUAAAUUGGCAAAAGGUGAUAAUAGUAAGGGAGCGGAGAAUGGAAUUGAGUCUUUAAUGUUGGACGGUGUGAAGGGCCAUGUGGUCAGAGGUCUGUCGAACCUUGGAAACACUUGCUUCUUUAAUUCAGUCUUGCAGAAUAUUUUUGCAAUCAAUAUGCUGCGGGAUUACAUGUUGAGCUUAAAUAGACCUAUUGGGCCUCUUACUGUGGUGAUGAAGAAGCUCUUUGUUGAAACAAGCGGUGAAGUGGAUUCAAGAAGUGCUCUGAGCCCCAAAAGUCUUUUCAGCUGCAUAUGUUCCAAGGCUCCACAAUUUCGAGGUUAUGAUCAACAGGACAGCCAUGAAUUGCUUCGUUACUUGCUUGAUGUGUUGCAUAUGGAAGAGAAAAGUGCAGAAAAGUCACUGGAUUCUUCUGAAGAGCAAGACAAUGUUACUUUGAACUCAAGAACAACCAUGGUAGAUACUAUUUUUGGGGGGCAACUCUCAAGUACUGUAUCUUGUGUGGAGUGUGGGCAUACUUCAGUAGUACAUGAACCAUUUCUAGAUCUCUCACUGCCAGUGCCAUCAAAGAGGCCACCACUGAAAAAGGUCCCACCGCCUCCACCCAAGAAGAGUAAGCCGCCUCUGAAAGAAAGGAACAGAAGCCGGAGGUUUCGGGAGAAAGGAAUUACUAAAGAAUCUCUUGAAAUGAAACAGAAUAGAGUAGAAAGUUUUAGUUCUUCAGAAUGCACCGAGCCCUGUGUUUCUGCAUCACAAGAAGAACAUGAUGUUGCUCCAAGAGUAGAGGAACCCUCGGAAUUCUGUGAGUCUUGUGGUCCUUCACUGAAACCAGAACAAAAUAAUUAUUCCAAAAUGGAGGAUAGUUUCUGUUGGUUGGACUAUCUUGAACCCAGUAUGGCACCAGAUGUUGCAGAUUCAGAUUCUCAAAUGCAUGGAGAUUCUGUUACUCAGUGUUCUGAUAACAGGCAGAUCUGCCAGAGCGAGAAUAAUGUAGAGUGCGCUGUGGAAUUGCAGAUCCAAAAUUGUCCGAAGGAGCAGACAGUGACUCCAGAUUUUUGUGGGGAGAGCUCUAAUGAUGUUUCUUCUUCAAAUAUACAAGAUUCUGGCGUAAUUUUACUUCCUUAUAAAGAGUUAAAUCCCACUCUUGAGGAGAUAAAUGGGACAUCAUCAUGGUCUCAAAAUCCAGAAAAUGUGGCACCUGCUGAUGCUUUGGUAAAAGAUUCAAGUGUGCAAACCACAUCUGCUGCCUGCAAUGAACCAGAAGCAGACUUCGAUGGUUUUGGUGACUUAUUUAAUGAUCCAGAGGUUACUUCUGAGUUGAAGGUAGAUCCUAGUACUGGUAGAGAAAUGGAUGCAACAUUGUGGACGAGUAACAGCAGUGAGUCUAAUCAGGAGGAGGUGGAUGAUACCAAUUCUCCAGUAUCGGUUGAUAGUUGCUUGGCUUUAUUUACCAAGCCAGAGCUUCUGUCAGAUGAACAUGCCUGGUAUUGUGAGCAUUGCUCUGAGGUUUUGUCACACCACAAUGUGGGACGUAGAAAAGGCAAACGGCAAUAUGCAGCAAGAGCUAAUCAAUCAGAAGCUACAAAGUCUCAGCUUGAUGGUGAUGAAGUUGGAACUACAAAGGUUUCACCUGAUUCCAAAGUGGGUUGUCUCAAUUCUACUGAGGCCAAAGUUUUAAGCAAUGGAAAGAUGGCAUCAACUUCAGUAAACAUGGAUCAACAUGUGGAAAGGAUUGAUGAUCUAAAUGCAAGAGUGGAUGUUUCCCAGAAAUCACCUAAUCCUACUGAAGGAUCAGACAAUACCAAUUAUAAAAAUGUAGUUAAGAAUGAGAACUAUUCAAUGUUGUCAAACCCCAUGUUAGGUGGUCAAGCUCAAAAUCCUGAUGUUUUACGAGAAGAUGAAAAUUUUUUGGAGUCAGGUCCUGAAAAAUCUAUUGCACAGGUUUGUUCAAGUAGCAAAGAAAGUGAGUCUUGUAGCACGAAUAAUCUCCAAAGCGUUGAACAUGGAGAUUCUCUAGCAACUGCCUGUAGUGGCUCAUUAAAUCAUACAGAAACAAUCCUGUCAAAUUCCUGUGAGAAUGGUGAUUUUGGUGAAGUUAAUCCAGGUGGGAAGAAAGGCUCACAGCUCUCAGGUGAAGUGCAUCCAGUGGAAGAUAGCAGGGAUGAGGAAGAAGAGCCUAAAAGGAUAAAGGUAAAGAGGGAUGCCACAAAAAGGAUUCUUAUUGAUAGGGCGCCACCUAUUCUAACCAUUCAUUUGAAGAGAUUUAGCCAAGAUGCUCGUGGCCGCUUCACUAAAUUGAAAGGUCAUGUUAGCUUCCAAGAGACGCUAAGUUUAAGACCAUACAUGGACCCCAGUCAUAAAGGGUGGUGCACUGCACAAGGCUCCUACUGUUGCGAGGUUGGGGAGGGUCAAAUGUAUGCAGCCUUAUCUCAUUUGUUGAGAGGCUACCUCCGUGUUUUGGACCCAUGAGCUUCGGACCCAUGAGCUUCUGGUCACAAUGGAUCAACCUUACCAUUGGACCAAGACUCAACCUUUUGGUUUAUGGUCAUAAUAAGUUUAAAUAUUUUCUAUCAUAUCUCUAGAAGCAUUGAUAAAUAUCUAAGAGUAUUUAUAGUAUAUGAAAUGUUAAAAAGAAUUAAAGAUGCAAUAGUGUUUGAAAUAUAAAGCAACUUAAUUAUUUAUACUUCAGAAAAAAGGUUUUCCUUGCAUCUCUUUGUAUUCAUGCAAUUCGUGCAAGUGUUGUCAUGCUAUGACUUGAUGCAUAUAAUAUAUGCCAGUUACUAAUGCAAACGUGACAACCAUACUAGUAACUUUAUAUCAUGAGACUUGCAAUUGGCCUUGUGGAUCACUUAGAAGCAUGUCAAGGAAUGUACUUGGUACAGGCCUUUAUUGCAAUUGAUUUCUAUUGUACAUUAGGUUUAAUUCGCGAACUCACCUUAUGAAAACUAUAUUUUGGCUGGUAGUUCAGUAAUUUCUUAUAAAAGAUGAAUUGAAUUAACUUUGUUCCUUUCUAACCCAAAAAAGACCACCUAUUGGAAAGAAAGUCCACUACUUGCUUCUGUGAAAAAGCCAAGCAUAACCUUCAUCUGAGUUUUUCAUCUAGUAGAUAUGUUUUUGCUGAAUGGCCUGAGGGCAAUGGUAAGGUUGUUCCAUUGUGACCUAGUUGUCAGGUUCGAAAUAUGAAAGCAGUCUUUCUGCGCAUGAGGGUAAGGCUGCGUACAUUUAAUCCUUUUUAGACCUCGUAGUAGCAGGAGCCUCGUGUAUUGGGACAACUUUAUUUUCAGACAUGAAUUUUUUGAUCCAAGGACAAGGUAAAGAGUUAAUAGGGUUCAUUUUUUGUUAAGCUUGUGUGACUUAUCGAGAAGUUGAACAUGGAAUGGAUUAAUAUUUACCAUGUGAGGUUGCUGUAGGCCACAUAUUAUUUGAUUAAGUUGCUUGUCCAUUGUUUAAAUGGUUUGAAAUGCAUCUUAGCUUGUUGCAUGAUAGUGUGUAGUGUCAUCUAUGCUUCGGGACCUUGUGAUUGGACUGUGCAAUGAGAAUUAUCAGUUGGAUGUCCUGACUGAAAUGAUACUAUUUUCUGUAUGUUUAUAGAGAAACUCAGCAUUCGACCAAAUUAGCCAUAUACAGUUGCUUCUGACAUUAGGUUGGGCUUUUUAAAAAACAUGAUCUUUCUUUGUCCACUUGAACAAUUUAUUAUUUUUAUUUUUCGUUUCUUCUUUAAUGCUAAAAUAUUGGCCAUAGGAUGCAAGAGUCCUCAUUCCGUUGUACCCUUACAUAGUGGGAAUCAGUAAUCCUGUGUAGAUAUGUCAAAUUGCUAGCUUCGCUAGAGACCUAAAAAGCUAGUAAUUAAGAUAAUCAAUCGAGCAAGACAGUAUAGGCUACACAAGGAGAUCUGUUCUGCCUUAUUUAUAGCUCUAUUUACUUCUGUUUGCCAGUAAUGAAAUUAAAUAAGACAGACCUUGCUGCAUAUGCCAUAGAUCACCCUGGAACGUUCCAAUUUUCAUUUUCUUAUUUGAUAUCUCUAUUGUUGAUAAGGACUAUAUGGGAUGGACAGCUAAGAUUACAUCUAUAAGAAUCCUAGGAUCUCCAGCACAUGAAGAUCAGUUGUCAGGUGGGGUUAUCUGAUAUUUUGAUCAAUAAACUAGAGUUUCCCAAACUCUUUUGGGAAACUUUUAAGCUCUUAUUGAUUGGUUAAAAAAGAAACCUCUGAACUUGUGGGAACUUAGUCCAGUAGACUUGAAACAAUAUGUAGCAUUCAUCUGUGGUCACUCAGGAAUGCAGCUAUUUUUUUUACCAUUGGCUGGGUCAGCUUUUAUGCAAACUUGAGAUCUGGUGUUUGGAUUCCACGUGAUACUGACUUUUUUUUUCCUCUCUCUCUUCCCUCCCCUUCUCAUCUAGUGUUUCUUUAUUCUCUCCAUAUUUUCUGGACACCAACCCUUCACAGACUGAAUCCUAUACCCACCUUGCUUUAAAUUGUCAAAAGCUUGUAGUUGGUGUUUUUCUUUUUCUUCAAAUGAUAAUUCUUACUUGAUGAUCUCU